AUGGUGACUGGGACUGCAGCCACUGUUGCUUCCGCCCUUGCUGCAAAUCGAGCUUUUGAUGUAACCCCUGUCACUAUCUGCACUCUCGACACAUCGCCAUUGACUGCCGCUGCAGCCAGUGCAGCUGCAGCUGCCACUGCUGCCACAUCUGCUGCAGCUGCCACAACUAUCACCACCAGUGCCACCGCUGCCCCUGUCAGCACCACUGUUGCCACUCAAAAUGGCAGUGUCACCAACCCCAUUACAACCACUGCUACAGUCAGCAGUGCCACACUCAAUAUUGUCACAGUUAUAAGUACUAGAGUCAGUGGCGCUACAGUCAGUGGCGCUACAGUCAGUGGUGCUACAGUCAGUGGUGCUACAGUCAGUGGUGCUACAGUCAGUGGUGCUACAGUCAGUGGUGCUACGGACAACUGUGCAACAGACAAUGGUGGUACAGUCCAUGUCGGAAGUGCAAGAAGAGGAAGCGAAAACAGAGGAAGCCUAAGCAGAGGAAGCGCAAGCACAGGAAGCACAAGCAGAGGAAGCACAAGCAGAGAAGCGCAAGCAGAGGAAGCGCAAGGAGAGGAAGCGCAAGUAGAUGAAGCACAAGCAGUGGAAGCACAAGAAGAGGAAGCGCAAGUAGAGGAAGCACAAGGAGAGGAAGCACAAGUAGAGGAAGCACAAGCAGAAGAAGCACAAGAAGAGGAAGCGCAAGCGGAGGAAGCACAAGCAAUGAAAGCACAAGCAGAAGAAGCGCAAGCAGAGGAAGCACAAGAAGAGGAAGCCCACUCAGAGGAAGCACAAUCAGAGGAAGCGCAAGCAGAGGAAGCGCAAGCAGAGGAAGCACAAGCAGAGGAAGCACAAGCAGAGGAAGCGCAAGCAGAGGAAGCACAAGCAGAGGAAGCGCAAGCAGAGGAAGCGCAAGCAGAGGAAGCACAAGCAGAGGAUGCGCAAGUAGAGGAAGCAGAAGCAGAGGAAGCACAAGCAGAGGAAGCGCAAGCAGAGGAAGCAUAA